AUGUUUCACCUCGCGGAGUUCAUGAACAGCUCCCCGUACGUCUACAUCCAGAAGCGGUACCAGAACGGCUAUGAUGAGGCGUUGCAGCGACGGCUCAUGGAGCCGGCAAACGAGGAGGAGGCCAAGCACAUCAGCGACCUUGCCCGGAAGUACGGCAAGUAUGGCUUCGAGGUCGGCAGCAUCCAGAGCCGCGUCGUGCGGGGCAACGAGGUCCUCUACGAGGUGCAGUGGAAGGGUUGCGAUGACCCGAAGCAGAACACCUUCGAGAACCUUACCAAGCUGAAGAAGCUUGGUGUCGUUGGCUUGGCGAAGGCCUACGACGAGCGCGUGGCAGCGCAGACCGCGGGUAUCGACCAGCGGCCACUGACGCAGAAGGAGAUCGUGAAGCAUCUCGAGCAGUUCGGCUUAGAUGAGGACAUGAUCCUCCACAGGCAGAUUGGGAGCUUCUCUGCUGGGCAGAAGUCGAAGCUGACUUUGGGCGCAGCCUUUUGGACGAAGCCGCACCUGAUUGCCUUGGAUGAGCCCACGAACUACAUCGACAUGGAGACGCUCGAUGCAUUGGUGCAAGGGCUGGCGAGAUACAAGGGUGGCAUCAUCGCGCCUCGUCUCAGAGAGGUUGCUGGCAUUCGUUUUACAGGGUAG